AUGUCUUAUGAUGAUGGCCAGCUUGACAAUUUUUCUGAAGUUUACUUAUACACAGCUGGUUCAUGGAGUAGAGGCCAAAACAUCCCUUAUUCGUGUUCUGAUGGGACUGAUGUCGUGCUUCUGAAUGGUGUUCUUCAUUGGUUAGGUGAAACAGUUCAUUGGACUGGCGAUACCGCCACUCGUGAAGAAACUAUAAUCUCCUUCGAUAUCAACAGUGAAAAGUUCAUGGAUUUGCCGUUUCCUGAAGGAACUAUGACAUGUCCAGAACAGCGUUUGGAUGUCCAAGUGCUGGGAGAUUCCCUUUGCUUAGUUUCUAGUGUCCGCAAGGUACGUGUUGAUGUAUGGGUUACGCAAAGUUAUGGAGUGAGAGAAUCUUGGACAAAGGAAUUUACCAUUACCCAAGAAAUCAUUACUGCAAAUCCCAGUUCCUUAAAGUUUUAUGGUUUUGCUAAAAAUUGUGAGAUUCUAAUACAGCUUGAUGAUUGUUUCGGUUUAUACGACCGAAAAAAUAAUAGCCUUAGGAUCCUGAAUUUAAAUGGCACCAUCGACGGUUACCUUUUUUCGGAGAGUUACGUGGAGAGCUUAGUUUCAGUGACAAGUACAAUGGAACAAAAACAAAAGAAAUACACUGGUGAAGUUCAAGAUUCUCAUUUGGAGAAAAUCUCUGAAGUUAUAAUGGAAGCAGUUGCAGAUAAAGAAGCAAAACGCAAACGUAAUGAAUUAACUGAAAGUAAUAUUACUUCUAAAAGAAAACGAGUGAUAACCAAGAAUUGGAUGAUGUAA